AGAGCCUCAGAGCUCAGUCUGCUGUCUGUGCUGGUGAUUCUACUCUGUCUGUGCUGGAGGAUAUUCUGGAUGUCGUUACACUGGAGGACUGCUGCUAACACACACACACACACACACACACACACAGUUACUGGAGCUGGAGCUGAGCUGCUGAUCUGUGAAGUGUAUCUGUGAGAGCAUGUCCACCAUGGUGUUCUGCUGUGAGGAGAAGCUGGAGAGACUAACACAGGAGCAGAUUAUCUCCAAGACCAAGAUGGUAGUCCAAGGCCUUGAGGCGCUGAAGAGCGACCAUAGUCUCAUGCUGCACAGCUUGAUAGAGACCAUCAGGUACUUGAACAUGGACGAGGAGGCUGGCCUGGUGCAUGAGAAAUCUUCACUGCUGCACAAGUCUGUGGAGAUGAUUGAACUGGGCCUGGAGGAGGCACAGGUCAUGACAGCACUGGCUGCACACCUGAAUGCAGUGGAAGCAGAGAAACAGAAACUGCGAGCUCAGGUGCGACGACUUGUCCAGGAGAACAAGUGGCUGUGGGAGGAACUGGCCAAUGUGCAGCAGAAACUGCAAACGUCUGAGCAGACUUUAGCCCAGGUAGAGGAGGAGAAGAAGCACCUGGAGUUCAUGAAAGAGCUCAAGCAGUAUGACCAGGAAGCCUUGCCAGAGCAGGACGGGGAAAAUGAGGAGACAUCAAAAGAUCCUCUGGACGAGCUGUUCCCCAAAGAUGAAGAGGCGAAUCAACCACAAACAUCACAGCAAGUGAGGAGUGUGGCAAUGGCAGCAGCCAAGCAGGGAUGUGAGGUGCCUGACCGCUUCAGAACCUUCUAUAACCUGGUGAUGCAGUACACCAACCAAGGCCGCUACGAAGUGGCAGUGCCAUUAUGUAAACAGGCUCUGGAUGACCUGGAGAGGACAGUGGGCCAUGAUCACCCUGACGUAGCAGCCAUGCUCAACAUCCUCGCUUAUGUAUACAGGCACCAGAGUAAUUUUAAAGAAGCAUCUCGUCUCCUAUAUGAUGCCGUGACAAUCAGAGAGAGGACUCUGGGUGAGGAGCAUCCCUCAGUGGCUGCCACGCUGAAUAAUCUUGCAGUGCUGAACGGGAAGAUGGGGAAGUUCAAGGAGGCCGAGCCGCUGUGUAAAAGAGCUCUGGAGCUGAGGGAGAAGGUCCUGGGCUCAGAGCACCCAGAUGUGGCCAAGCAGCUGAAUAACCUGGCACUGGUUUGUCAGAACCAAUGCAAGUAUGAGGAGGUGGAGUAUUACUACUGCAGAGCCCUCGACAUAUAUGAGAAGAAUCUGGGUCUUGAUGACCCCAAUGUUGCCAAAACAAAAAACAAUCUGGCCUCCUGCUAUCUAAAACAGGGUAAAUACAAGGAGGCUGAGAUCCUGUACAAAGAGAUUCUUACACAAGCACACAAGAAGGAAUUUGGGACAGUAGAUGCUGAAAACAAACCACUCUGGAUGCAUGCUGAAGAAGACAGAAGCCCGGGGGGUAAUGACACUCAUUAUGAUGAAUAUAAAGCCUGCCAUGUGACCAGCCCUAUAAUAAACAGCGCCAUGCGGAGUCUCGGAGCUCUAUAUCGACAUCUUGGCAAAAAGCAAGCAGCAGAUUUUAUGGAGGAUUACGCCAUGAGAACAUACAAACAGGGAGUCACUGUGGAGCCUCUGAAUGAUGAGUUCCGGAGGAGAAGCUCAUCUCAUUACAGCGUUAAGUAUGAACCUGGAGAUGAUGGCAAUGUGGAGUGGCGUGGGGAUGGCGUUUUGAAAAGGACUGGUUCUCUGGGUAAAAUGCGAGAGGUGCUUCGCAGGAGCAGCGAGAUGCUGGUGAAGAAACUGCAGGACACAAUACUGCAAGAUUCCCCUAACCCUUACUUGAAGAGAGCAGCCUCACUGAAUUACCUCAACAGGACAGGAGACAAUUAUGAUCCUUUUCAGAGUGGCAGAGCAGGCAGGCAGCUGAGAGACAGUCGAACCCUGAGCUCCAGCACUGUGGAACUGUAUGGAGGCAGUGGAAAUUAGGAUACACACACAAUUGCAUGCACACAAAUUCUUUUCUUUUAACUUUAUCCAUGCAUUCAUUUAUUUCUAGCUUAUGAGCCAUACACAGCACAGCAAGAGUUUUCUCUUGUUAGUUGAUCACUGUUAUGAAUAAUUAAUGAACGUGCCUGCACUAUUUUUAUAUAAAAUGUGAAAUUUGAUAUUUGAAAAUGGCUUUAAUUUUUAAUUUUAAUCACCGUUUGAAUGUUUGCACCUCUCAGGGAAAACUGACUCUCCCAAAAAUAAAGCACAGAUGACUAAUCCCAGGUCAUGAAACAUUUUCCCUGUUUGUUUGAUUGUUUUAGUUCAAAGCCACAUGUACUGUACUCAGCUGGGCUGCUGUUUAUGAUUGUGAAGUGUAUCAUUAGGUUACAACCGCCUCAUAUUCAACAACAAAAAAAGGAAGAAAUAUUAUGUAAAAUGACAUAAUUGUGACAUUACAGUUGUUAGAUGUGUUUUUUGUGUGUGUUGUUGGAAUCACAAUGAACUGUUUUUUUAGCUGCAUGAGCUACUCUGGGUUAAAGAGUACAAAACAGCUUUAUCCUUAUAAUUUUUUCACUGUCACUGGGAAAGAGCUUCAAAUCAAACUGAACAGUAUAGUGGAAAUUUCUGUUGAUUUGUUUUCAAAUAAUCACAAUUUCUGAUUACUUUUUAUUUCUAUAGUUUUGUACCACAUAAGGCUGUGAAUUUCAUUAUAUUGCACUUAAAAGUGCCCAAAAUUCAUGAUUUACAAGCAGAAUAAAUACGUAUAAUAAAAAAUAAAUAUUUGAUCCCA